UAAUCGAGUUAUUCGAGUAACUCGAUGAAUCGUUUCAGCCCUAACUCGUAUACAAGACAGAGUCCAGUUAACCAUAGCUCCAUAUUUGCAUCUGGCCUUUUAAAAAAUAGCCUGCAGAACAAACAAUGUAAAAAAGCACAUAUGACAGGUUGUAGAUGUGGUGUGGAUUGUAAUGUAAUCAUCACUUCGAAGAGAGAUUUGAAGAACUCUAAACAAAUUCAGUUAUCAGCAGGAGGUUCAACUUGCUUAACAGGUUGAUGCAGGAUGAGAUUGCACAAUGGAUCUUCCAAAUAUAGUAACACUAACUUCACUCAACAACCUUGAGUGUUUUUCCUCCUUGUUGGAGGUGCACACAGCACACUCUGGACUGGGGUUCUGUCUCAGAAUGUUAGGCAGUGCAUGUACCCUUAACAACUUAGCAACUGUUGCCAUGCUUAAAAACAAACCUCUGGUGUUGGUGGUAGUUUUUUUCCCCUUUCUUUUCUUAGGUACUAGCACCUAUAUAAUGUUUGAAAAAAAAUAAAAAUUAAAACCAUUACAAAAAGGACAAAGUAUAAAUUGCUGAGACAUUGGGUCUUGAGAAAACAACAGUCAAUCAGGCCUGGUAAGGUGUGUCUACAGGUAACCAGUGAGCUGCGACAGGUCUCUGCAUCAUGUCCGUCACACAAGGGGCGGGGCUCAGGGCAAGACUGUCAAUAUUAUUCUUACGUUCCACCUCCGCCAGUAGAGACUCAGGUGCUGUCGGCUGCAGAGGAGCUUGUGUCAGGAGGAGAGAUCUGAGUGGUUAUGGGGCCACAAGUUCACAUGUGGCUCACUUAGUGUGUGACACAUUGUGUACUCAUAAUCACCCACUUGUCACUCACGGCAGAACAGAAAAUACUGAGAUUUCAGCCGCAAGUUUUAUUUUAAUUUCUAACUAGGGACAGGGCGAGUAUAGGUAGUCCAGAAGAGGUUUGGAUCUUUGAACUUCGUGCAGGUUUGUGUUCUGGCUGACACUCCGCAUGUGUCUGAGGAAUCAGGACUUUUCCCCUGGAGGGAUCCAUUCAGUCCAGCGAGGAUGGCGUCCGGAGCUGUGCGUUCUGCUGUUUCUGGUGAUGAACUGCGUGACCCCCACUGCAGGCUGGGUAACCUGUUUUCAAAGACAUCCCAAGUGUCCCGCAAAUUAGAUAAAAUCUCCCGGAAUCAAGCGCAAGAGCUUGCUCGCAAGACCGAAACUUCAAAUCGUGUGUCACGACGGACAGGGAGAGAGAGAGAGAGGUGGUGCGUGUGUACCUGUUCAUGAAGAUCAUGAGGAUCAUUCAUGCAAGACAGAGAGCAUCCUGACUGGCCUGUUUCGCUAAAUCAACCAAUCAGUUUUCAGCACCGCCACAUGCUUGAGGUCCAGAACACAGUUCAGCGCGGCUCCAACAGUGACCUGCAGCUCCUCCAGACCACUCUGUUUAAUGGAGACAUCAUCUUCCACUGUGAGAGUCCCACACUGACAGACCAGCCAAGACAGGAAUGGGUCAAAGACACGUUCAGCCCAAAGGAACUUAAGAACAAAAACAAGUUCUGUGUGAGGCAGUUCUAUGAGCACCUGCAGUGGUUUGAGGAGAUAGAUAGAAUCAUCAAUGGGACUGCAGAGAUUCUCCAGAGACGACGUGGCUGCAUCAUUAACGGCUCAGGACUCUUUCCAUUUGACCAGUGGGCCAUCAACGGAGAGGCAUUCCUGACCUUUGACCUCCAAACGCUGACAUGGAUGCCCCAAACUGAACAGGCAACCUCGGCAGCAGUGAAAUGGAACCAGCUGGAUCUGAAGAACCAGAUCAGGAAUCACGUGUACGGAGACUUCUGUCAGACUGUGUGUCGCACGUCCCACAGCUUGGUGAAGAGAGAAAAGCAGGUGCAGGGCCACAGAGCAGCACACUCAGACAUGGAAGUGCGGGUUUUCAUCAAACCCAUCCCAGGAAGCACUGACACAUAUCUCAAGUGUCAUGUGACAGCCUCUGACCUAUCAGGUGUGAGGAUCCAGUUAACUAAGGAUGGGGUUCCUCUGGACGGUGAGGUGAAUCUGACCGGACCUCUUCCUAAUGGAGACGGAACCGUUCAGAUGAGGGUCCAGGUUCAGGUUCCACAGACACUAAAGGGAUCAGAGGGAUACCAGUGUUCUGUCCACAGAGACGCAAAUCAGACGACGGUCACAUGCGAUGGACAAACACCAAGCUCCGACUCCUCAUCAAAGCCCCUGGAUCACGAUCAGCAGACUGUCUGUGGUGUGCUUGUGUGCACAGUGGCUCUUGUAGCCAUUGUUGUGUAUACAUUCAUAAGACUGAACCUGCAGAAACUGACAAACGUACGAUGUGUAUCUGUUGAGCAGCCGAUCAGAUUGUAUCUCCAGUUUGUCUUAUCCGAGGAGGAGUAUGACAAAUGGAUGAAGAUUGCUGAUAACUUCUACGGUAAAUACGAAAUGGUUUUGAAACGCACGCGACUGGAACCAUGGAACCAGGAAAACAUUUAUGUUGAGAAUGGAUCAGAUUAUAUUUUUGUGAUUUAUUUUUUAAUUGUUUUAUGAUUCAACUUGCUAGAUGAUAUUUGCUGAUACCUUUGUGUAGAGUAAAGUGCUGUAUAAUGACUGCUAUGAGACCAAACAUUGCACUGUACUGUGAGGUUGACACGUAGUUUUAACUAAAUUGACCUGAGUUGGGACACCAACAAUGAAGCGUUUGAGAGGAAGGAACUGGUAUCUUAAUCAAGAUUAUGAGUCCGGCAAGUUUACAAAAGAUUAGCAGAAUUAGGUGUCAGAAAGAACUUUUGGAGCUGCAUCUGCAACAUGACUUGUUUUAUGGUGGGAGGUGGGUCUGGGCUGCAGGACAGCACUGAUUAGCCCUCUGGGCGCAUUGUGGGACACAUAUGACUGAAGCACUGAUGAAGGAGGUUGUCCCCUGUGGAAUACUUACGAGAGUGGGUACUUCCUGUGGAAUACUUAUGAGAGUGGGUACUUCCUGUGGAAUACUUAUGAGAGUGGGUACUUCCUACUAUUCUACAGCAUUAAGUAUUUUGUUUUAUUAUUACACUUACAGUCAGUAUUGGACAUUGUACUGAUAUGUACGUUUUUGUACGACUUUGGCGACACACCCUUUAGGCUGGAUAGACAGUAUGCUACUGCAGUAAGGACCACGUAGCACCUGUGUAGACUGUGGUAAGCUAUUGCAAUGACCCUUGGGUAACUAGUGGCAUGCUAUUGCAAUGACCCUUUAUCCUGGGUAGCUAGUGGCAUGCUAUUGCAAUGACGUUUUAUCCUGGGUAGCUAGUGGCAUGCUAUUGCAAUGACCCUUUAUCCUGGGUAGCUAGUGGCAUGCUAUUGCAAUGACCCUUUAUCCUGGGUAGCUAGUGGCAUGCUAUUGCAAUGACCCUUUAUCCUGGGUAGCCAGUGGCAUGCUAUUGCAAUGACCUUUUAUCCUGGGUAGCUGUGGCAUGCUAUUGCAAUGACCUUUUAUCCUGGGUAGCUGUGGCAUGCUGCAAUAUUAAUAACACUUUAGCCUGGUUAGCCUGGAUAGCCAGUGGUAUGCUAUAUUAAAGUGUGUUCUCUUAUCAGAGGAUAAAGGGGAUCGUGUUUGUUAAGCUGAGAUGGAGCCAGAGGAGGUGAGACAGACAGAGAGAGAGAGAGAGAGAGAGAGAGAGAGAGAGAGAGAGAGAGAGAGAGAGAGAGAGAGAGAUCACCAUUCUAUGAGGCCCUCAUAGCUGAUUGUGUAUUCCUUAAAUAUAGGAAUAUUCUGAAUAACUAAAUAUGUGUAUGAACCAUGUGGUAAUGUUUUUUUUAACUAUAUUAUAAGUUCUAAGCUAAUUCUACACACAUAUUAUGUAUCUGUUCUUGAAGCAGUUACUAUAUAGGGCACCUAAAGUAUUCGGUCACUUGUGAUCCAUUUAACAGCAAAAACAAAGCAGCAUUUGCCCUAUAAGAAUAAACUGAAUGUUCUUGAAUAAAGCUA